UCAGGGCUGAGUGCUCAAAUCUCCCGAGUUAAAAAGUAAUAGCGUUCUGUUACCAAGGAGACAGUUGUAGCCUAGAGCAGCGCACUGCAGGUAAAAUAGUCUACAAAAACCCUACAACAAUGUCCAGGUUCCCUUAUACCCCAGCAGCCACCCUCAAUCCAGAUGAGGACUACAGAAAGAUCAGGAGGAUCAUUGCUGAAGAUCCAGGCUGGUCCCUGGCUAUAGUACCUUGUUUAUCAAACCUGUGUCUGCAAAGCAUCGUGAGAAACUUUGAGGAAAUGCCCAUAUUUGAAGCCCUUACACCCAUUCAGAAAGACUUUGUGCAGGAGAGACUAUCUACUUCCCUGCCCCUGCAUGUGACAGCCAACUUGAUUGGUGAUGGUGUCUAUUGGAAGCGGCGAUGCGAGCAGCGGUGGGACCUUUGUGAUGUCUCUCAUUAUGGCCACAGCUGGAAACGACUGUUCUUUGAGAGGCACAUGGAGAACGUUAUUGAGCUUUUUAUUCCAGAUGUAACAGAGCCAAACACUGUUUUAGCGAUGGUACCUCAUUGUAAGACCUACGUCAAGAGGCUGGACAUUUCCCAACUCCUGCCGCCUAUCAAGGAGCCCAAGAUGGAGGAAGAGGAAUAUGGCUCCGAGUUAGUGAGUGACAACGAGUAUGAUGGACCAUCUGUGGACCACUUUGACUUUAACAUCCUGCUUGACAAGCUGACAAACCUGGAAGAGCUCCAUUUGGUGUACAGGGUCAAACAAUGUGGGAUGAACUUUGAAUGGAAGAUGUUUGAGAUGACUGACAGAGAUUGUGAGUCCCUCGCCAAGGCCCUUAAGUCCUGUAAGAAUUUGAAGCUUCUAAGGCUCCAUCAAAGCCAGAUUGAGGAUAAAAAGUGCCGGGUGCUGGUGAAAUACCUCUUGGACCACCCGUCUCUAAGAGAGCUUGACUUCUCUCACAACCUGAUCGGAGACAAAGGAGCCAGAGCCAUUGGCAAGCUGCUCACCAGGAGCACACUGGAGACCCUGAACAUGUGCGACAACAACAUUAGAGACACGGGAGCCAAAGUUAUAGCUCAUGCCUUGUCCAAGAACUCUACCCUUUUAUCCCUCAACCUGCGUCUCAACCGUUUGAGAGAUGAGGGAGGUCAGGCUAUCGGCAAGGCCUUGCUGAACAACAACACCCUACUUCACCUGCACCUGGGAGGCAAUGAGGUGACGGGGCCUACUGCCAUUGCGCUGUCUAAAGUGCUAGUUCAGAAUGACACCCUGCAGAGCAUCAAUCUCUCCUGCAACAACCUGGGUGUGGAUGGAGGUAAAGCUCUGGAGGAAGCGAUGUCUCACAACACCAACUUAACAGAAUGUGAUAUCCGUCUGACCGAGGUUGAUGAGCGCACUGUUUCUGUCAUUAACCAGGUGGUUUGGACCAACCAGAGACAUGCUCAAGAGAGGAAAACGAAGUAGAUACAAAGUAAACCGCUCCUUUUUGUAAUACAAACCCAUCUUUAUUAGUCCUCCCUCUAUUUAUGUACAGUAGCCAUGUUGCACGGCCACAAUAUGCCAACACUGCACCUCAAACUAAAGCAGCUGAUUUUUAAUUAA